AUAUGUCUUUGUACGUGUUGGUCCAUGACCAAAAGCGAAGAUCCUCGACGGAAGUCGGCAAUGGGCGAAUGAUCCUAGCAGUCGUGCCCAACAUUUUUUGUGAAACGCAUACUUGAACUUAAUUGAAUUGAUUCAAAUGUUGAUUCUAUCCUCAUGCUAUUGACACAUUAUGCCAAACUUAUAGAAUCUAGAUAAAGAAGAAUUGCCCAUCACAUUUGGUUGAGUAAACAAAUAUUAAAAUUCAUCACAUAUUUUUAUUGUUACCGCAAUGUCAGACAUUGAAAACAUUCAACUUUCAUCCAUUUUUCAUGAGGGUCUGGAUUUGUUCAAUAAUAUACAAAAUAGCAAGGAGCCGACGAAUAGCUUAGAUACUCAGUUAAGUAUCAAGAAAUGUAUGAAGUAUUUUGAGCAAGCAACUCCUCUAGUUUCAUUGGCAAAUAUUUUCAGUAACAAUGAGACUAUUGAUGAAUUGGCUACAAAUGAUAUUCAGUACUUGUUAUUACCGGCCCUAUUGGGUCUUCUUUCUCUUAAAUUAACUAGCGGGGAAAGAAAGGAUAUUAUAGAAGUGGCAGAAAUAUAUUUUAUUGAUUUUUUAAAACGUACAAAUGAAUAUGGUCUAAGUAAUUAUGUUGUUAAAGAAAAUAAAACUAAAGACAAUGAAACAAGAACAGAAGAUGAAUUUGAGCAGUUAAGACAUGCUGUAAAUACCCGAGCCAACAAAAUACAAAGAUUUAAUGAAAAGAAGCAGUUGCAGACCUGCCUAGAAAGUUUAAAGCAAGAUGUUGAAAAUGAACAUGUUGAUGAAGAGAUUAAAAGAAAUUAUUUCCUAACUAUGAUUAAAGUAUUUAUCCAUGAGGUUAUUGAUGAGCUGAUUAGCAUUGAAAUGGAAAAACCUAUACUGGAACAUAGGGCCAAAAUUAAGAGCGAUGACAUUCCUAAUACUCCAAGAGAAAAACCUCCUCCUUUGAAGCCUAUAAUUAUUACUAGAGAUGAAGUUCAAAAAGCAGUUUAUGGAGCUGGUUAUCCAUCUUUAGCUACUAUGACAGUACAAGAGUUUUAUGACAAGAGAGUUGCAGAAGGAGUUUUUCCAGAUCCAAAUAAACCAAGGACGGCGCCAAUGAGUUUGCAAGAUGCUGCAUUAUCAGGAGCAUCUAUCAAUGAUGAGGAUGUAAUAGCAGAAGAAACGGAAAAUAAAGAAGAACAGGACAAUGAAGAAUAUAUUCAGAAAAUGAGAGCCCGUGAUGAAUUUAAAGAUGACCACAGACGAGGGUGGGGCAAUAGAAUGAAUCGCAGUUAAACGUUUGUUAAAAAUAAAAAAACUUUUAUUUAUGUGUGCAUUCUUGUUUUCAGAAUAUAUUAUGAGUCUGUUCAAUAAUAAUAA